AUGUCGCUUUACAUUGGUCGCGGGGCUUCAAAGUUAUGGAAGAGAUUUUGUGCGGAGACUGCGACAGAAAUUAAUCUUCUUGCAGAGAACUGGAAGUAUAUUUUAGGGGGUCUCAUCUGUCAGUACAUCCAUGGACUGGCUGCUCGAGGUGUUCAUUAUAUACAUCAGCCAGGACCCACACUUCAGGAUGCUGGUUUCUUUCUUCUUCCCGAGCUCGGAAAAGACAAAGCCUAUAUAAGUGAAACUGUAUUUACCUCCGUGUUUCUACUUUUUGUCUUGUGGACUUUCCAUCCCUUUGUUUUCAAGAGCAAGAAGAUUUACACAGUUCUGAUAUGGUGCAGGGUCCUGGCAUUCCUAGUUGCUUGUCAAAUUCUUCGGGUAAUAACUUUUUAUUCCACUCAACUCCCUGGUCCAAACUAUCAUUGUCGUGAGGGCUCAAAGCUUGCCAGGCUGCCACGUCCCAAUAGCACGUUAGAAGUUCUAUUAAUAGUUCCUAGGGGUAUGCUUUAUGGUUGUGGUGAUUUGAUAUUUUCAUCUCACAUGAUUUUCUCUCUAGUCUUUGUGCGGACAUACCAUAAAUAUGGCACCCAGAGGUUUGUAAAGCAGUGUGCUUGGUUAACUGCUGUGAUCCAAAGCUUGUUGAUCAUUGCAUCCCAUAAGCACUACACAGUUGAUGUCGUUGUGGCAUGGUAUACGGUUAACUUGGUGGUGUUCUAUGUCGACAAAAAGUUGCCAGAACUGCCUGAUCGGUCUAGCAGACCUGCAACAAUGUUGCUUCCAUUGAGCAAGGAUGGUAGGACAAAGGAAGAAAAUUACAGACUCUUGAAUGGAAAUUCUGGAGAUCCCUCCGACAAGAGGCCAAGAACUCAAAUCAACGGCAAGAUUAUGGAAGAUGGAAAUGCUGAAGCAGUGGUUAAUGGUGUAUAG